AUGAGCGUAGAAAACGACACGUCCGUCACCACGAACGGAGCUCUCGCCGAUGCGACUGACGACGUCGUGGUGACGCUGGAUGACAUCGAGCGUCUCGCGGGCGCCAACCGACGCCCGGGCUUUUUGGACUACUACGACGGUGGUGCGGGCCAGAAGCAGACGCUUCUAGAGAACACGGCGGCGUUCGUGAGGUUACGCCUGCGUCCACGGGUGCUACGAGGCGUCGCCCACAGGAGCACGGAGGUGACGCUGCUCGGAGACCACAAGCUUUCUCUCCCCGUGGGAUUCUCACCAACUGCAGCUCACGGGGACGUGCACACGGAUGGCGAAGUGGCCACCGCAAAGGCUGCCCGCGAUGCGAAGACCGUCAUGGUUCUAAGCACGUUCAGCCACACCUCGAUUGAAGACGUGCGGAGCGCGGUCCCGGAUGGGCUUCUCUGGUUCCAGACGUGCAUCUACGAGGAUCGAGAUUUUACCAAACAUCUCGUGGAGCGCGCCGAACGAGCGGGCUACAAGGCGCUGUUACUCACUGUGGACAUGGCCGUUCCUGGACAAUGGAAAGCAAAACGCAAAACAGUUGCCGCAAGCUUAAUCGAUCUGCCAAAAAUGGCCAACCUCAUAGGCACCUCCAUGAAUCACUACGCGGAUCGCAGAGGCGGCGGUUAUGGCGGCAUGAUCGACGCCUCGGUGACCUGGGAUGAUGUCACCUGGCUCAAGGGCAUCAGCAAGUUGCCCGUUGUGGCGAAAGGCAUUCUGACAGCCGAAGACGCGGAGGAAGCGAUCAAGCAUGGGCUCUCGGCCAUCUUAGUUUCCAACCACGGCGGUCGACAACUGGACGGUCUCCCAUCAACUAUCGAGGCCCUCCCCGAGGUCGUGAGAGCGGUUCGGGGUCGCGUCGAGGUCUACCUGGACGGAGGCGUGCGCCGAGGCACCGACGUCGUCAAGGCGCUGGCCCUGGGAGCCAGGGCGGUCUUCGUCGGAAGACCCGCCAUCUGGGGACUGGCGUACAACGGUCAAGCCGGCGUGAGCAAGAUGCUCGAGAUUCUGAGGGAAGAGCUGGACCGGGCACUCGCACUGAUGGGUGAGCGUGUACCUGGUAUCUCACAGAGCGCACAGGCAGAAGCGCGGCGGAAGACGGGAGGGGUCCGUUUGCUCGUGACUUCGGCCCAGGUCGCUAGGUCGCUGCACCACAUUAGCGACGUGGAUGGGUAG